AAUCUAUCCAUGAGGGGCUGGUUGCGGACGACAAAAUAAAAUAAAACGAGAAGGCAAAAAAAAUCCAGAGAAAUUACCCUUAAACAUAGUAGUAUCAUGUCACUUCCCUUUGGCCUGACCAAAGGUAAAAUCAUCUUUGGUACGGUUGCGUCCGUUUUUGGAGGUACACUCUACACAAGCUACUAUUAUGAUAAUCAAUCCAGACGAGCAUUGGCCGAUCAGGUGUCAUUCCUUGCUAAACGGCCAUGCGGUGUUCAUGAAAUGCCUCGUAAAGUAUCUGUUUAUAUUUCGGCACCUCCAGGUGACAGUCUCGAAAAGAGCCGAGCAUGGUUCCGUGACUAUGUAAAGCCAGUGCUUGUCGCCGGUGCGGUGGAUUAUGAAGUCAAGGAAGCGAGCAAGCCGGGACAGAUUGAAGCCUUUGUGCGUGAUGAAAUUUUGAAACUUCGACGAGAGGACCAAGCCAACGCCGUAACGGAAUCUUCCACGACGGAGCAAACGAGUCAGAAUCCUUUUGCACCCAUGAUGGCAGACGUCCAAAAGAAAAUCAAACAAACGAGCCAAAUCGACGGUGUGUUGGCAAUUGGCCGAAAUGCAUGGAGAGAGGUGCUGAGUGGUAUGACCAAGGGCUGCGAAGCGGAUCCGUUGGCCAUUGAGGAGCCUCCCACAGUCGAGCCAGCGAAAACCGAGGAACAGACGGACGCCACAUCCGCGGACACUGACGAAGCUCCAUUAACGCCAGCAGAAAGCCAGACGACGAUGAACGAUACAAUGGCGCCUCCGGAACGAAAUGUGGACGAGAUGCCAUCGGAAAAGGAGAUCAAGGAAGAAUUGAUUGAUGAUUUAAUGACUCCAGGCGGUGUGACAACGAUGGUGGAAGAAAAAGAUCAUUUUUCGUUACCUUCCCGACUCUCUCCUGUCAUGUAUAUCCCUCAUGAGAAUAUCAUCGGCUGGACCAACAUUCCUUAUCGGUUAUAUAUGUGGCUUGCGGAUUACAAACGCGUGGAAAGAAUUGGUCAAUAUGCGGUUGCUGCCGUCUUAAAUAACAAACGUCCCUUGAGAACGGAUGAGGCUGAUGUGGGACAAAAUGAAAAAGUUUAUUGGCUAGGUGAUGAAGCUCAAGAAGCGUUAGCAAACGACACUCCGAUCGUCAUCGACGAAAGAAUACGUCCCCAUUUGCAGACAUAUACCAGCGAUGACUUACCGUAGAACGUGUGUGUUAUUUUAUCUUUAAAAUAUUUAAAGGAGUAAAAAAGUUUACAUUCUUGUUAGAUACAUGAUGCUUAUAGAAUAAAAUAUUUACGAUCUGAUU